CGCCUUCGCCAUUGACUUGGCAGUGCUCAGCAAGUACUAGUAUUCAAACAUAUGCGUUUACUUGUCUGGAUCAGACUUUGGUUGGUUGAAUCGGUUAAUGGAUCUAAUAUAAAUACCGAGUCAUCAAAUGCGCAAUGAUGGCGUUGAUCUUGCCUCGCGUUCCUCGUAUUUGCUGCUCAUCCGUUCCUAGGCGCUAUACGCUCUAUUUGACCUGUGAAAAAAUCAAUCGCUUCUAUAUCGAUCGACCUUGUGUUCUUUGUCCGGCCAUCUUCAAUCGUUACAUCAAUUUCCUCGACACCCUUCACUGUUACUGUUUCAGAGUGCAACUUAUUUGGCUUGUAUGCGACGAUUGACUGUAGCCGAAUGAAUUAGGCGCGCCCAUCUUUGCAGUGUUUUAGUCUUCCAUUAUGUCCAUUGAUCGUACGCACGUCAAGGGUGUAUAAAGUCUCGCGACUUCGAGGGCCACUCCAACCAGCCAUCCUUCCCCAGCUACCCCAACAUGAAUUCUCCCCAAUCCAACGUGCCUGAUUGCUAUACUUGCCAGAGAAUUCGCAAGAAGAAAUGCCCAGGUGUUUCAGCUGCGGGUGCCUGCGAAGAGUGCGUUAAGUUUGACUUGGAGUGCUUGCGCAAGCAACCCAAGCGUCCUGCUUGGUUCAAGGAUCAAACGAAACUCUCUGAAGCCAGAUCGCAUUGCAAGUCAUGGAUUGCCGCUGUGCGCCAACGACCUACCAAUGAGAUUCUUAACCUAUCUAGCUUGCUUGGUGAUGUUUCGGUUCAGUAUGGGUUUGGGGGAGCCGGUCCUUCCGAGAUGAUGGAUGCCACCGAUUUGCCUGCCUGGGAUCGCAUUGAGGCCAGGGGGAGCCACGGUUCUGGUCAUAUUGCCUACGAGGAAUCUCAUUCCAUUUCACUUUUCGACGACGACCUUUAUAGCCCCUCAUCAUCUAUCGGGUCAGGAAUUUACAGUAGUGGGUUUGAUGCGAGUUCCUCCCCAGGAGCCAUGAGCUUUUCCGAGGCUUAUGCAUCUGAAACUGGACACACCACUUUCGACCCGAAUGCUCAUCUCGAGCUGAUACAUCGCCAUCGAAGCGAUGUCGUGUAUUCGGAGCCUUCAUCGAUCCCAAAUGCCACCACCUCCCAUUUCAACGUUGAAUUCCGACACAUUAACGCUCUAGGUAUGCCGUGGAAUAACGUCUCUGGCUCAAACCAGACCAGUCCCUCCCCGACUGCCUUUUACCUGAAAAAUCCAAGUCUUGGAAACCCACAUCAAUCUCAUGACAUGGCCUCCGUCCCCCACGAAUUCAAGGAUAGCAGAUUCGAUUGAUUUUAAUAGAUUCAUUACAACUAGAACUUAUCUUUUUCUAAUGUGAUGGGGUUAUUUUAGCCAUUGACGUGACUUUCAUUUCGUGUCGCAAUUUGGAUUAGGCCUUAGAAGAGUAUAGAUAUUGGGCCUUCAUUAUAUUGUAUGCGGAGAUUUCGAAUAUUAUUCUUGACCAGAUCCGUUUCUCACUGUUUGAUGAGAUGUUCGCCUUGUACCACUUCGUUGCUUGGACCAUGACCGUGUGCCUCUGCAAUGCUGUAUGCUUCGUG